GUGAUUCCGCCAGAGGGAAAGGUUGGACCUGAAAAACAACCAGAAAAUAACAAAAGCAGAGACAAUAAUGAUUCGUAUCAAGGAUCUGACUGUUGAGAAACAGGCGUGGCUUUUGAAUGCUGUGAAAUCACGGAAGCUCACGCUUGGCCAGGGUAUCGACGAAAUGAAUAAAACUCUCGUCAGGAUGGACGGGUCGACUGGAAACAGCAGCUCCAUGCACCAGCUUAGCAAUGAUGAACAGCUCAGGCUACUCAACGCAGUGAAAAACCGAGAGCUCACCAUUGAUCAGGCCUGGCAAGUUGCUAAAGGUGGCAAACCGACAUUUCACGAACCAGGAAAACCAGAUAAGAUACCUGAAAAUACGCAAUACAACUUUUCUGUCUACAAAUAUAAUCGAUACAGAAGGCAGAAGAGAGUGUUGAUGAUUGAAUAUAAUUCAAGGAUUUUGUGUAACAUUGAGAAAGGUAUUAUUAAGAAACAGUUUCCAUUUAAAUGUAUCAAAUCAUGUGAACAUAUUGAAGGACAGAAGAUCAGCAUUUCGUUUUUAGCACACCAUGAUUAUGAACUUGAAGCGACUUCUGCUGAAGAUAGAGUAAAGAUCAUUCAGCUUCUGAACCAAAUCAUUCAAAAUAACAUUUAUGAGACCCAUCAGAUGCAGGAGAGUGGCAUUUACACCCCACGGCAAGAGACUGGGGUCAUAAAAGAGGGUCAAUUAGAACUGCAGAAAGGAGGCCUUGCUUCAGUAAAAUGGAACAGGUACAGUGUGCAGUUGCGUAAAGGUCAGUUAUCUUUUCAGCGUCUUAACCUUACUGAAGUUAGUGAGCAGUUGAGUUUGACUCCAAAUGUGAUCUAUUUCUCGGAUGGUAAUGCAAGUGUGCAUGAGGAGGUGGGAAGUGGGUCCUUCACGGUGAUCACAAAGAAAAACUGCUACUUAUUUCGAAUACCAUUUACUGACCAGUUAAAAAGUGCAGAAGAUGUAACAAGGUACCGGGAUGAGUGGAUUGAUGCUAUUGACAAGUGUUGUUUACACUGGAAACGUUUAUCGCAAGCACAGCUUAUAGCAGAAAAUGAUCUUGUUGGUGUUAAACAAGAUAUACCAUUCUCAAAGGAACCUGCUGAUCAAACUGCGUUAAACCAACUUUACUUACCUGCAAACUCAACCCAGGAAGAGGAAAAAGAACAAAAAGAGGAUGACAGGAAGGAGGCAGAGGAUGAAGAAGGAACCGAACUGGCUUCUCCAGUUACAAAAAUGGCCCCAGGAUCACCUUUGGAAACAGUCGUUCUUCCUCCAGUGACCCAAAGUCUUCCAGCUUCCACACCAUUACUCCUUCCUCUGUCAGCACCAGCUAUCCCUGUAGCUCCUCCACUUCCGAUGAAAAAAUCAACUAGUGUCGCAAAGAAGACUAAAGCAUUCCAUUGGGAUGUCAUUGCCCCAGAAAAGAUUCAGAAAUCUAUCUGGGGACAGAGCAAUGUGGCAAAGAUACAGUUACAUCAUCCAAGGCUUCUUGAGCAGUUCUGUACCCAAGAGAUCCCAAUGCACUCAGUUAAUGACUUCUCAACCCAUCCACAAAUUCUUUUGAAUCAAAAGGUUGCUCACAACUUCAACAUUUUUCUGAAAAGCUUUCCUGUCAAAGUGACUGAACUGAGAGCGAAAUUCCUCAUAAUAGAAGAAGAAAAUGGUGGAUUAACAAAUGAACAGAUUGCUUCUCUACGAAGAUAUGUCCCCACACCAGAUGAUAUUGAAAAGUAUAAAAUGUAUAAAGGCUCGCAGGCUGACCUUCAUAUUGUUGACCAAUACAUGAUGGAGAUGUGCAACAUUUCCUGCCUGAGUCACAGACUAGAUCUAAUCCUCAGCAUACGCGAAUUUCCAGAAACCAUUGAUGACCUUUUGCCGCUGGUAACACAGAAAAUCAAAGCAUGCUCUCAGUUACUAGAGAGUAAGUUGUUUGUUUUAGUCCUCGAGUAUCUUCUCGCAAUCGGUAACUUCCUGAACACACACGCUGGCAAAAAAAAAGUGAAAGGAUUUUGUCUUUCCUCCCUGACAAAGGUAGGCCAGUUACGAGGCAAGGACAGGAAGUUCACCUUACUUCAUGCUCUCGUGGAGCAGAUCAUUUCACAAGACCCAGCUUUGGCAAACUUUCACCAAGAGCUUACAGAAUUUGAAGAUGUUCCUGGAGAUUCCAUCAAAGGUUUGAUUGCUGAAGUUGAUGUACUGAAGAAUGAAUUGGUAAAAAUUCAUCUGCACACAAAAGUGUUCAAAUCCAAGAACAAGAUGAGCUCAGAUGGACAGUUCUACAAAGGGCUAAAGGACAUAAUUCAAAAGUACGAAGCUAAAUUGUCAGACUUAACCAAACAAUGUGAUGAAAUGAAGAAGCUCUACAAUUCUAUCUUGGUUAAGUUUGGGGAGCCACAGAAUCGAGAUUCACAAGAGAUGUUUGGAUGGAUCUCGUCCUUCAUUAAGGAUUUUAGGAGAGCUGUCACAGAACAAAGAAACUAUAAAUGGGAAGCAGCUCAAAAAUGAUGUGACCCCUUGUCAGCAUGAAACCUUCUGGGCUUUUCCUAUUUCACGAUUGAGGAAAAAAAUGUACUUGAGAUUUUGUCUAGAUUAAUUUCUUAAAUCCUCUGUUUUGUACUUCGGAGCACCUUGCACUGCAGAUGAAAUCAAUUCUUGUGUACCAAAGGUUAGCACAUUCUAACCUGCAAACUGAACAUAUUCACAUUCUUUAAGAUAAUAAUUUUCACUCCAAUUAAUUUAUCUCCCUCAAUGCUUUACAUCUUCUGCAAGAACAACAGUUUACCUUACCUCAAGUUUACCCUUGGUGCUGGCCACAAUAGUUCUUAGGAAAAAACAAGUCUGAAUUGACCCACUUACCCAAUCGAUGAGAUGGAUUUACAACUUUAGAAAGGUCAUUUUGAGGUAACCCAGAGAUACAGAGCAGCAUCUCAUUCUGUACAGCACAGAGUGUCAGAAUAACAGAAAUAUGCUUCAUUCCAGUCUAAGGUAGCUAAGCAUUGCUUGCAAUAGGUUUGUGCAAUGAUAUUCUUACAAUCUGAAAGAGUGAAUACAUGCAGCACACUUAGAUGCAGCUCAUCAGUAUGUGGAGCAGCUUAGUGAACUAGGACUGAUUUUUCUCUUAUUUUUGAUAUUUUUCUACAGCAAUGUGGUGUGAACAACAAAGAAAUCAUCUUAUUUGAUAAGACUGUCAACUUCUAUCAUAAAUAUUCUCAGGGGAGUGAGUGACAAAAUUAUUAUGUCUGCCUUGGGUUUAUAUUCAGCUCAAACUGAUGGGAUGAAAGCAUGUUUUUAAUCUCUUGAAAAUUACUUAAGGAAUUGAGUAAAAUCAGUUCGGACAGUCUGAAAGCACCACAAAGACUAAGUAGAAUGUACUAGUGAUUGUCACUAAUUGGACAGCCCCUGUCUUAGAGGCUACAAGGAUGGCUCUUAUCAGAGGUUGGAAUAUUGCUUUAAUGCAAGGAUUAAGUUUUCUGAGGUUGUUAUGAAAGCAAGGAGAGAGAACAGGAGGGAGACUUUUUGAUAUACAAAAAUUCCAAAGCUUUGAGUAAAUAUAAUGGAAUGUAUGGUUACGAGUGCACAAGUGCAUGGUGGAAGUUAAUUCAAUCACAUAAAACAAAGAAAAACCAUGGGAACUUUGUUUUUAUUAACAACGAGAAUUUGAAGUUCAGAUUUUGAGACGGUGGCACGUUACAAUGGCACAGCUCUGCAGAGGAAAAAAUAUCACUGAAAGGGAAUGAUUUUGAGACAUACCAAACAUCCAUAAACCUGUUAAUUUACCCAACUCUAUACGACAUUCACCUAAACAUCUCAUGAUCUAAUAUGCUUUGUGAUUUAGUUUUCAGCUGUCAGAAGCCCCUCUUCAUAUAAAUGACUUUAGUUUCUGUUUUGCUCAAGCAGAGAAAUAAACUUUAAUGUCUUGUUUUCCCUUGGUCUUUUAGAAUUCAGUGUCUAUUAUGUGACUGACAUCUGAAUUUCAAGUUCUCUAUCUUUGUUGUUCAUGUAUGUAUAUUAUCUAUCAGUGUACGGGUGUCCAGGAUUGGCUGCUAUAACCAUUGUGUGUGACUGUACUCAAGACACGUGCUCAGUGAGGUGUCUAAUCAGUCUACAGUCACUAUACGUAAUACCAGAAAAUGGAACAGUUUCAGCUGUCUCAGUACUGAAGUGGUUUUUGGGAAAUAGUGGCAAAGUGGUAUUGUUUUUAGGCAAGUGAUAACCACAACUGAUGGGGGAAUUUGGAUUCAGUGAAAGAAUCUGGACUUAAAAGUCUAAUAACUGCCAUUGUUGAUUGUUGUAAAAGCCCUUCUGGUUCACACAUGUCAUUUCUGGGAAAGAAACCUGCCAUCCUUAUCUGUUCUGGUCUAUGUGUGACUCCAGACCUAUAACAAUGUGAUAGGCAACAAAUGCUGGUCCAGCUGGUGACACCACAUCCCAUGAAAGAAUUGAAAAUCUCAGCCCACGGUUCAAGUGUUUGAUAGGACAGCCAAGGCAGGAAUCACUGUAAUAAUUAGAGUUCUAGUCAGGGAAAGAAGGAAAUGUGGCUGUCAUUGUGAAGAAGAAUUCAUGAAACCCGAGAAGGAUCUGAGUAUCUAGUAGCUGUUAAAGGUGAGGGAGGAGGUAAGAAAGUGACACAAAAGAGCUACAUAUGAACAUACAAGAAGAAAGGCUCAAACUAAGAGUUUUAGCAUCCUAUCCUACUUCAUUCUACAUGUGUCAUAUCAUUAAAUCUACUUCUCACUCCCCAGAGUCAUACAGUCUGAGAAAUGCAAUUUAGGGGGAGGAGAUUUUCUGGAAGAUGCACUGAUGAUCGAAUAGAUGGGAAUCACAAUCAUUGGAAUUAUUUCCACCUUCUUUCUAUCGUUUGAGGUAUCUUUCUGCUGGUUACUGGUCUGCGGAGACUUCUGGGGCAUGAUAAGCAGAGCUCCUCUAUUCUUUCCUAUUGUUGAAAUCAAUGUUAUUCGAGUAGCUUUGUGAGAUCAUUCAGUGUGAGAACACAAUAGAUGGAAUUUUCAUUCUCGGGCUGGAAUGGCUUCAGGGGCAUCUGUACCAGAUAAUGAUGGUGCUCAGCAGCCUGCAGAUGCCAGAUGGUCUCCUGCUUUCCAGCAAUUUUGGUGGAGGUGUCCAGGGUUGUGGCACACAUGUGAAAAGGGGAAAUGAAUCAGCCAUGUGAAAACAUAUUACAGGGGUGAAACAGACUGGAUCAUCAGCAAUGCCAAGUAGAUAAGAUGACUGUACAGCAGACAGCCAGUCUGAGCACAUGGAGGAAUUUCUGAUGCAAAAGGUGAAACAAACACAGAAAACAUGACUUAUGAUGCUUCAAUUGGAUACACUGGGGUAGUUGCAGAGUUAUGCUUUCAGGUCAAUGAGACACAGCAGGAGAUGGUCCACACAACUGGUCACAUACAGCUGUUGGCAUGUGAGGCUUUCCCUGGACAUGGGGCUCAGCUAUUCUUCAGGUGGCUGAGGUGUUGAGAAGCUGAUCAGCAAACAGCUCCAUGAUAAUGAGGGGCAGGGAGGUGAUACGGCAAUUACUUGAUUAAUUUAUUGUUGUCACGUGUACCAAGGUAUAAUGAAAAGUGUUGUUUUGCAUGUUAUACAGGCAGAUCAUGCCAUACAAAGUGCAUUAGGGUAGCAGAACAGAGUGCAGAAUACUGUGUUACAGCUGCAAAGAAGGUGCAGAGAGAGAUCGAUCAGAAUUAUUUAAGAGCUUCUUUCGUGAGCCUGAUAAUAGCAGGAAGAAGCUGUUAUCGAAUCUACUCAUAUGUUAUUCAAACUUCUAUAUCUUCCGCCCAACCGCAGAGGAUGGAAGAGAGUAUAAUCAGGGUGGAAGGGGUGUUUAGAUAUGAGGAGUAGGAAGGUGAUGCUGAGGGGUAGGGUGGUGAUACUGAGAGUCAGGGAGGUUUUCCUGAACAUGGUGGAGCAGCAAUGCCACUGGGCACCGUGCCAAUUGAACCAAGUGGGUUCUGAUAUGUGCCCCUCCUGGAAGAGUACCUGCAGGCCUUGCCAGUCACGUGGGUACAACUUGCCAGUGGCAAGUGAUAAUGACUGUGAGCUUCUCUGGGAACCUGUGUGGCAUAUUGCAAGUGCCUGUCCAUCAGAGUAUCAAAUCUAUGAUGAUGCCCUGGAAGAGAGAGCACUGGAGUUUUUCCAUGGGGCCAAAUGCACAAAUGUGACCAUAAAGCACUAGACUAAGCAACAGUAGAUAUUUGUCAUUUUGAAGGGGUUACAUUUCCUCUCCAGAUAGUGUACACUCACCACAAACAUUGUCUUUAAGUGCAUGCAAAGUAUGUAACCUAUGCAUGGAGGCAAUCCCAGGUGCCAAGGCUUUUCAUGUCACUGGAAAUUUCAAGGAUGGCUUGCUAUCCCUUGAAAAAAAAUCUGAUGAUAACUGUGGCAACAAUACAAGAGAGACACAGAGUCACUAAAAUUACUGCUAUUUCAACAUAAAGACCACCACUGAACAGGCCGUCAGAUUCAGGAAGGUGCAGUUCUGGUCCAUAGGUUGUGGGGUGUGCUCCCAAACAUUCCCUCAGGUGUUUCUUAAUCUACUGCCCUUUGCUCAGUAUUACCCCUCCAGAGAUGUGUGAACCUUGACGAAAUAAGAUGUGACAGAGUUGUAUGCCCUCAAGAGGAGGAUAAAGAAACCAGAAUGGAGCAUCUUGAUCCUGCACUAUAAGGCCUUUCAGCCAUCUAGCUGAGGAUUUAAACCAUUGAUCAGGUUAUGAAGGAAGCUCGCAUCGUGAUAGUCGAGUUCAUCAUGGAUUGCAUUUGGCCCAAUACCACACCUGUCCUUCAAGGACUGUUAGUUAGGCAUCCCCCUCCUUGGAUACUAAUGUGUCCCUUGAUUUAUUACCCAAGAGUUGGUCACCUUGGCAACUGGUUCCAAAAUAUCUUCCAUGCAAACAUGUCUGCCCUUUCCCCACAAUAUUCCUUAUAACUCAGCUCUGUGCUCCAAAUCCAUUUCAUCUUGCUGGUUACCUAAUGGCCUGAAAACAAAAGGGUCAUAUAAAUCAGGUUUCUCGAACAAAAUACCUUGUGACAAUAAGGUUUAAUCAAUAAACAGAAAUGUAAAUGUCAGCCAAAUGAACCCCAAAGUUUAUCUGUGGAUAUUACACUGUACAAAUGUGGCUGUCCUGCAAGUGCUUCCCCUAUAGUUAAUAGCGAAGUAGAGGCACACUGCUCAUACAUAUACAACCAUUGUGGAGAUACAUGUGGCACUUAUCCUUAGCAUCUCAGUGUCAGUGGGAGCACCACAACAAAAGCUUUCAAAACAAUAGGGAGGCCUCGUUGUGGAGCUUGCUGUGUCGAUGGUACCUAUGUCAAGAGGUGUUAAUUUUAUCAAUUUCAGUUGGGUACAGUCAGGUAAAGGGUAUUAUUCAGAUGGUUACUUGAGCACAUAACCAUAUUUCAGUUUCAUUUCAACAUUUGAUUUUUGUUAUAGUGCUGCUUCAAGAGGCUGUCAGGUUUUAAGAUUCAGUUUGAUAUUCAGUGAUAAUCGAUGAUAUUCUAUGAUAUGAUAUUCUGUACCUCAAGGUAUUCUAUGUGACAUUUUACAGGUUGUGCAAAAUUGCAGCCAUUUUCUAGUACUGCUCAAUUUCAUGUUUCACUUCUGCCCCACCCAGCUGAUAUUUGGUCACCUGAUGUGGAGGGAAAUGGCCAGAGUGAAUCUUCCUCGUGGGUCUGUGCCUUAGUCUGGCCAGGGUGACAAGCAGCAGAUCCUGGCAGUGAGCCAUUGCAGAGCUUGCUGGAUCUGACUAUGUGCCUACUUCUUUGUCUGUUAUGUCUGUGCUAGCAUGUUCCUGACAAAGGGGUUGUUGGUGCCUUCUGAUAUAUUUGAGACUCCACAUGACCAGUGGGCACCAUGGGGCUGGGAUUAAUUACACAACCCCCAAUGUGCGCUCGCGCACACACAUUAUAAACACACACCACAAAGACUUUGCAUGUACUUAGUUAAAUUUCUGUUAAACCUUUGAUUUUUGUUAGUGUAAAGAAUGAUCCAUUAGCUAAGUACAUUUUUUUUUCAUUGAUUUGAUACUCAAGCAUGUAAAGAGUAGGGUCUGCUGCUGGGCCUGGUCAAGCUGGCUGUUAAGUGUCCAGGCAGAGCAUCAUGUUUGCUUCACUUUAGUGUUUAUGUCUGCUUGAUCCUGGAAAGAGGAAGCAUGUGGUAUCCAUUGUACACUUGAGGCUUUCCAAGACCAGUGGGCAUUUCAGGAGCUGUGUAUAUCAUCUAAACCCACAAUGUUAUUUUAAUUUAAAUUUAUUCCCUUUAAAAUUUAGCUCUUUGCUAUAGUGCCCCAUUAAGGACUAAUUCCUCUGAAAAUUAGUUAAUUUCAUUUUCAAGUUAAUUUGUUUCACAGAAAGGUAUGAAGAUCGUUGUUUGGCUGUCAUGGCACAGUGUAGUGCCCCUGCCUCUGACCCAGAAGGCCCAGGUUCAAAUCCUACCUGCUUCAUCAAUUCCUUUUAACAUGUCUGACUAAGUGGUUAAGAAUAUCCAUGUAGGUCACUGUCAGAAAAAUUGUAUU